AUGGCUUCAGAAGGAGCAUGUCCAGUGCUGGGAACGGAUGUGACCGUGAACCCCGGUGCCUCCUUGUCUACUUUCACGGCAGUGCCCUUCCCUCCACCCACUCCUGGUGCCCAGCACCGGCCACCCUGGCAGCAGCACCUGCCACGUCCCCUCACCCCAGCAUUCCCUCCUGGCAGCAGCCUGCUGCUGCCAGCUUUCCCCAGGACGCCUUUGGUGGCUAAUGGUGGCCGUGACCCCAGUGCCCCUGGGGCUUGCAACCUCACUGUCCAAGUCAGGUCACAAGGGAGGACAGUGGAGGCCCCCCAGACUCAGACCUUUGUCGUUACUCAGGCCCCCCUCAACUGGAGCGCUCCAGGGGCCCUCAGCAGGAGUGCUGCAUGUCCUGCACCCGAAUUCAUAGCAACCCCUGUGAUGGGGACCGUUGUGACUGCUCCAGCUGUUGGAGUUAGUCAGGCUGGCAAGGGAGGCUGGACCCCAGGCUUUCCUCCUCAAGCUCCACCACCAGCUGCCCAGCUGGCCCCUAUCAUUCGCCCAGUGAACGCUGGGCCAUGGCCACAUGGCACUUCCAGGGAGGGCCGCCUGGCCACCAACCAGUCCAACGCCUCGCAGGAUGGCUCCUCUAACCCCCAGAGAGAGUACAGUAACUUCCGACGUUGGCAACACCUCAAGCCCCUGGCCCGGAGACACUUUCACCUGAGUCCUGAUGCAGAAGCUUUUUCCUGCUUUCUCAUCCCAGUGCUUCGAUCCGUGGCCCGCCUGAAGCCCACCAUGCUGCUGGAGGAGGGACUGCGGAGGGCCGUGCAGGAAUGGCGGCGCUUGAGCAACCUUGACCGGAUGAUCUACUACGAGAGGGCGGAAAAGUUCAUGGAAUUUGCGGCCAAGGGGGAGAUGCACAUUCAGCAUUUGCAGUGGAUGCAGUGCGUGCAGGACCUGCCUCCUCCAGCCCCACCGAAGCUGGAUCCUCGGGGGCCCCCAGCCCCGAAAGUGGGCCUUCAGCCAGUCUUUGUUCCCUCUCGAGGACCCUGUGCUCCCAGGAUGUGCGGCCACAGGGCCCAGCCCUCGCACCCGAAGCCACACAGAUCCCAGCGGAACCCGGAGCCCAAGGCGCCCAAGGAGAUUCCCCCUGAGGCUGUGAGGGAGGAUGUGGACAGGAUGGAGGCGCUGGUGGGGCCCGUCCACUCAGCCCCAGGCAAGUCACAUGCAGAAUGUGGAAAGGACGGAAAUGAGCUGAAGCAGGAAGAGGACGACACCUACUUGGACCCGUGUCUCUUGAGCUACACUGACGAGCUGCGUUCCCGGGAACACUCUGUCACCAAGGUGGAGGCAGUCAUUCACCCUCGAUUCCCGGCAGAAUUGUUUUCCCCGGACCCACAGCUGGAUGUCUUGGCCCUUGCUGAGGAGCUGAAGCAGGAGGAAGGACUCACCCCUGAAGAACUGGUGCAGAAACGACUCGUGGCCUUGAAAGAGGACAAGGGUGGGCCGGCAGCCCCGAGCCACAGUGCACCCGGAAUGGGCUCAAGUCCAUCUGAGUCCCACGCCGGCCAAGGUGCCCAGAGGCACGACCAAGACCGCCAUCGAGGGGUCAGUGAUGAAGCCUGCCCACCAGAGAUUGAUGUUGAGGCUCUUCAUAGGCCCAUCCGAACAGACACUGGCCCGUUCGGGCCCAAAGUCUUUGUUCCCUGUCGAGGACGUCAGGAGGUCUCUCCAUUCCAGGCCGGACGGCCCUCUCCUCCCCAGGGUCAAAGGCGCACUGGUCCUCUACUGGGACCCAGGGAUGCGUCUGUUCUCAGAGAGGCGUCUCCUGUUCCGGAGGCCCGAGGGCCCAGGGACGCGUCCAGUGAGAACGAGGAGGCGCUCACCAGCCUGGCCUUCCUCUUUGCCUCUCCGCAGAGCCUGCCGCCUUGCGGGCUGUCCCAGAGUCCUGCCCCUGCCUCAGGCCUGGCCUCCCCUGGAGUUUCUUGA